AUGAGCAAGGCGCUUGGCAUCCUGGCUGUGUCGUCCAUCAAGCUAGAAGCAUCGCAGCAUCUCUUCGUCAGAGAGGUGCGACUUUUUGUGCAUAGCAGUGGACUCCCCCGAGAAAGUAUCACCUCCCCCUGGAGGACCAUCCCACCAUUGAGGCAUCCAGCAACCUCCCCCAAUUGGCAUAUUGAGUCCCCCCAGAGGAGCAACUUGACCAAAAUUUUUUUUAAAAGAACCAUGAGUAGUGCAAACAGCGAGAAAAAAAAUGACGGACAUGUACAGGCGGAGGGGCAAGAAGCGCACUCCAAGGAAAGUAAGCAUUACAAACCUAAAUCGGAGUGCGAUUAUGACUAUGACUAUGUGGUGAUUGGGGGAGGCCCCGGCGGAAUGGCGUCCGCGAAGGAAGCAGCGGCACACGGAGCGAAGGUACUCCUGUUUGAUUAUGUGAAGCCAAGUAGUAAAGGAACCAAGUGGGGAAUAGGAGGCACAUGUGUGAAUGUAGGCUGCGUUCCAAAGAAGCUGAUGCACUAUGCAGGUAAUAUGGGUAGCCUUUUCAAGCUGGACUCUGUUUCAUAUGGUUGGUCUUAUAACGAUUUAAAGCACAGUUGGGGGAAGCUAGUUACCACGGUUCAAUCACACAUACGUUCUCUUAAUUUUAGUUACAUGACUGGACUGAGAUCAUCCAAGGUGAAGUACAUCAAUGGGUUAGCGACCCUGAAGGAUAAACAUACAGUUUCGUAUUAUUUAAAAGGAGAUAUGUCUAAGGAAGAGUCCGUCACGGCCAAGUAUAUCCUCAUCGCUACUGGGUGCAGACCACAUAUCCCAAACGAUGUAGAAGGUGCAAAGGAGUGUAGCAUAACGUCAGAUGAUAUUUUUUCAAUGAAGAAGGAACCAGGAAAAACACUUGUCGUGGGAGCAUCUUAUGUUGCUUUGGAGUGUGCAGGGUUCUUGAACUCGUUGGGUUAUGACGUUACCGUUGCGGUGAGGUCCAUUGUUUUACGCGGGUUUGAUUCGCAGUGCGCGCUUAAGGUGAAGAAUUACAUGGAGGAGCAAGGGGUUCUUUUUAAAAAUGGAAUUCUACCAAAGAAAUUGUGUAAAGUGGAGCAGGAAAAAAUAAAUGUUCUCUUCAGUGAUGGCACCACUGACUUGUUCGAUACUGUUCUCUACGCGACAGGAAGGAAAGGAGAUAUAGACAUGUUAAAUCUGGACCAGGUGAAAAUUCAAGUUAAUAAAAAUAUGAACAAAAUUAUUACCAAUGAAGUUAGCUGUACCAAUAUUUCAAACAUCUUUGCUGUUGGAGAUGUCGCUGUAGACGUUCCUGAAUUAGCUCCUGUAGCUAUAAAGGCGGGAGAAAUUCUAGCCAGGAGAUUAUUUAACCAGUCGCAAGAAAUCAUGGAUUACACAUUCAUACCUACUUCCAUUUACACACCCAUUGAAUAUGGAGCUUGUGGGUAUUCAGAAGAAAAGGCAUACGAGAUAUUUGGCACAUCAAAUGUGGAAGUGUUUCUUCAAGAAUUUAAUAACUUGGAAAUAUCUGCUGUGCAUAGGGAGAAACAUGUUCGAGCGCAGAAGGAUCCAUAUGACACAGAUGUGAGUAGCACCUGUUUGUCCAAACUGGUGUGCUUAAAGAAUGAAGACAAUCGGGUUGUUGGCUUUCAUUACGUGGGUCCUAAUGCAGGGGAAAUUACGCAGGGGAUGGCUCUCGCUCUGAGGCUGAAGGCUAAGAAGAGCGAUUUUGAUAAUUGCAUCGGGAUACACCCCACAGAUGCGGAGUCGUUCAUGAGCCUCACCGUCACGCGCUCCUCCGGGCUUUCCUUUGCUGCCAAGGGCGGGUGCGGCGGCGGAAAGUGCGGCUAA